AAGGCCGCGCCCGCCGAGACGGGGACAUUCACGGAGCGGCGGCCAGCGAGGAAGGUCGGCACGUGGCAAGACUUGGACCCCACCUCGGCACAGCGCAGCUGCGCAGCAUGAAGACUGCGUUCACAGUUUUGCUUGGCGCAUGCACACUGCAGUUCGCUGCAGCACUCUUGCCUCUGCGCAAGAGCAGCUUCCUCAAAGACGCCAUGGACAACCGCUUCAACUUCUUUGACGUGGAGCUGCUAAGGGAGGUGUGCGACGCGGAGACGGGCAACGUGGUGGUGUCGCCUGCGAGCGUGAAGGCGGUGCUCGCGAUGGUGCUGGAGGGGGCGCAGGGGGACUCGGCCGAGCAGAUACGCACGGCCCUCAGGCUGCCCGCCUCCCAGCAGGAGAUACGCAGCCACCUGCAGAAGUACCUCGCCUCUCUGCAGAGCGCUGGCAACAGCUACACGCUGGAGAUGGCCAAUAGGCUCUUUCUGUCGCGGGACUUAAACUUGAAGCCAGAGUACGCCGUUGCUCUGCGCAGCUACUAUCACGCAGAUGUGCAGCAGGUAGACUUUGAGCAGCCCAAAGUCACCGCUGAUACCAUCAACGAGUGGGUCAAGAUUGUCACACAUCAGCUCAUACCCACUAUUGUGGAAGCAGAAAACUUCAAAAAGGAUGCUGUGAUGCUCCUCGCAAAUGCAAUAUUCUUCAAAGGUCGGUGGCGUACGGAGUUCGAUCUAGACGGGACACUUGUCCGAUGCUUCUACCCCAAGCCUAGCACCUGCCAGAAAUCUUACAUGAUGGAGAGUGUUGAUUACUAUCGCUAUGGCAAUGUCGAAGACCUGGACGCCCAGGCGGUCGACAUUCCGUACCAGGCAAGCAAGUUCUCAAUGCUCGUGGUGAUGCCCAACAAACUUGAUGGAAUCGGUCAGUUGGUGAGGGAUUUGCCUCACCGGUCCAUUUCAGCGAUCCUCCAAUCUCUGGAGUUGACCGAAGUGGUUAUCUCCUUACCUCGGUUCCAGCUGGAUUACAGCACGGAUCUCGUUAAAAUACUGCGACAGCUUGACAUCAAAGAUAUUUUUGGUGCCAAUGCCAACCUCACUGCCAUGGUGAAGGAGACGGAGAACGCCCCAUACAUCAGCAAUGUGUUCCACAAGGCAAAGAUAAUCGUGAAUGAGGAAGGAAGCAUUGCAGCUGCGGGGACAGGUGCUCUGGUGAUCCCGCUGAUGGGAUCCACAGUGCCCAGGCUGCGGGUGGACCGGCCAUUCCUGUUCUUCAUCCGAGACACGGUCAGAGGCAGCGUGAUCUUCGCCGGCCGCGUGACGACCCCGGAGGAGGCCAAACCAGACGCCGCGCCUCCCCGGAACAGCGACCCCGCCCCCGGAAGCGCGCUCGACGCGCUCUACAAGCCACAGAUGGCCAGCGCUGCGAUCGCCCCCCCCACUAUGCCGGGGAGACCGCAGCCCCCUGUGGUGGUCCGACCGCAGGCCCAGGCUCCCGGCCGCCCCCCUGUCUACGAUGCCCGGAUCCCACCGCAGAUCGCCACGGCACAGAGCUACCCCAACCUCAGGGACAAGGUCCUCGGCAUGGACGCUAGCGGCAGUCCCGUCAACGUGAACAAGGCCCCGGGUCCACAGAACCAGUACGGACAGUCGAGCUCGUCGUACGAGGACAGUAUCACCUUCUCCGACAAGCAAGUUUAAGGAACAUGCUCCGACUUAUUUGAAAUUUUUUUUCAUGCUGUGACACUGCAACAAUCAGGGAUUUCCUGUCUUUGAAACAUUCCAAAUUUUUUUUUGACUUUAUAAAGAUAGCGGUGAAGUGAAAGAUGCAAGUAGUACUGUACUCGUAGGAAAAAGCAAAGAAAAAUCCCCUGUUACUACUAGGAUAUUUUAAUUUUAAUGUCAAAGAGUACCGUUCAGUAAAAUGUUUACAAGUAGGGCUGAAAGAUUGAACAUUCUAAAUGUUCACUGCACCUAGCACAAACAACAUAUCUGAUCUGUGAAUUCACUAGAGAUGUAUAUUUAUGAAAGACGUAUUUUGAGAACUGAAAAAAUUGUCGGCUUUUCCUUCAAAAAACAGAAAAAAAAUACCAGAUGUUUAAUAUUGAAACAGAUUUAGGCAAUUAUUUUGGCAUUUGAGAAUGUGUCAUGUCACCAAAACUGUAAUAUGUUUAAUUAGGGUGUGCAAAAUAUUCCUAAACCCUGUACUGUACAGCAAAAUGUUUAAAAAAAACUGCACUAUCUUGUAAGGCAAGAUAAACAUAGACUCAACAAAUACAAUCUAUCAUAAAGUUGAUUUUCGUCAGUUUUUCGAAAGAAAUGGAAAAUUUGCAAAGGACAAAAUUAGAGAACAAAAAUUAACCUAUGAAUAUGAAAUUCAGUAAAUAAUUGAAGCUGCAUGUGUUUUACUUAGCUUUUGGUAAUAUAAUCACUGAAACAACAUUAUUUACUAGUAUGUACAGUACUUUAUGAAAAUAUAUCCCAAUAGGCUGAUAUUUAAGAAAAAAAUAUUAUUAGCAAUACAAUAUGUAGGCCUACCUAGAUUGUGAGGUAAAUGAUAACUGAACACAUGCAUAAAUCUAUGUAUUUAGGAAGAAUGCUACUCAGGAAUUAGUUUUCUAGAAGUGAUAUGAUGGUCUUUAAAUCUUUAAGCUUAACGACUGAUAGAGAGUUGCCCUUCUCUAAGGCUUUUCAAUUUUUUCUUUUGGUUAUCUUAGUUUUUAUUGAAAAAAACCACAUAUGUUUUCACUAAACCUAAUUAAAAUGAUGCCAAAUUAAAUAAAUUAGGUUAAUUCAAGUAAGUUACAGAAUCAGGCUCAAAGUUAUUGUAAGUAAAAAUAUACAUAUGUACUUAUGUUCUUAUCCUAUACUUAAUUCAAUAACAAUGUAAUUAAGAUUUCCUCAGUAACAUAAAGACUAGUGAUCUCAAGUGUCAUGUACCCAAAAUUGUAAAACUAUUUUACGGAUGCAUUACUGAUGGCAUUUAUUAUUCAAUCUAAUAUUUUAAAUUACAAGUCAUUACAGUAUGAUGUUAUGAUAACAUAAACACCAUAUAUCUCCACUUAAUUCAAUCUUGUACUUUCAUCACCAUCUACUACGAGAUGGCCUCGUUUUCAUCAGGAGAAAUAGCAACAUCUUGAUACUCAUCUGCAUGAUGAUGAAGGUAAAUGUUGCAAAAUGUGAUAUGUAAGAAACAGGAAAUGUUCCAACGCCUGAAACAGCACUGUAGGUGCGACAUGACUCAGUUUCUUGUUCCGUGGUUUGUGAACAAUGAUAACUGCCAUGCCAAGGCACAAAAUACUGCUUGUUAUCUUUAAACUCAUUGUGUGUCUGCAGAUCUCGUGAGAAUGAUAUCUACCUUUAUGCAAACACUGUAACGUAGUUGGACAUUGAAUGGGAGAAACAGGACCGCAUCAGUGAGCAUGUGGUCCACACGUGUGCGUAUAAAAAAACACAGCUUCUAUUUGUCUUUUUCAUUAACUGUUGAUACUAUUUAGUGCAUCUUUUUUUCUACUAACAAACUGCAGAAAACACAAUGUGUAUGUACAUAUUCUCGUUACCUUAAACUACUGUUACUAAAAAAAAUUAUUUCCUACAUGGUUUGCACAAAUAGAUGAUGUGUAUCAGAACUUUUACCCAAUAAGCAUCUGCAUGCCUCCUGAAACUAAAUAUCCAAAAAUGUCCCAAGAAAGCUAAAAGCAAGAUAUCAAUAUUUACCAUAAAUUUUUGUCUAGUUCGUCAAGCGCUGUUAAUAAGAGUACAAAAUUAUUAUUUGUGUAAUUUUUUUUAUGUUCUUGUAAAAUAUUAAAUACUUCUAUUUAAAAUUAUUUAUCAAUAUAAACAAUUUAAUUUUUUUUUGUAAUGUACACAUUAUUAAAUUACUUUUUUUUUGUUUAGUGAAAAUUAUUUCCUACAUGUAUUAUACACACACUAUGUAACGUAGCUAUGUGCUGAAAAUAAGUGUAAGUGAUGUAUGUUGAUAUUUGUGAUGGUACUACUUAAACUAGCCUCUGAAGUGGAUGAAAGUCUAGGAUGACUGCAUGUUUUCUGUUGCAAAUUUGCUCGGGAAUGCAAUGUGCCACUGAGAAUGUUGAGUGAAUAUGUUAUGGUAUAAUCUGCCAGUGAAUAUGUUAUGGUAUAGUCUGCCUUUGGGAAACUAGCCCUCUCCCAGAGACUCAUGACUGCGGGCCUCAGUAUUACUAUGCUAAAAUGAAUAGUGUAAUUGUUGGAAGAUGAUGAAAUAAAAUCUCCUACUGUUGUACUUCGAGGAAGAA